ACAGUCAGCGCGAGUGUUUUGGAACUUGCUGCUUUGCUGGUUUCUUCUGGUUCCACAGUUCCCGUCGAACUUGAUGCUUUGUCGGCUGCUUCUUGUGGCGGUUCUCCUGCCGGCGGCUUCAUGUGAGACAUGGGCAUCCUCACUAACCAAAAAGGAGGAUGACAAGAGUAAGCAAGGACUUAAACAGAAAUCAGGAGCCUUGAAAGUUUGGCCUGAAAAAGACCAGGGCGGAGUGAAGAACCAAACACAACGCAGUGCUUCCAGUGGGAGUAGCAGCUCCAGCUCCAGUAGCGGCUCAGGUUCAAGUUCCAGCUCUUCCGCCUCCAGUUCCUCUAGCUCCCGCUCUUCUUCCUCCUCGUCAUCUACCUCGCCAAGCCCCACCCGCCAACGACACAACAGGCAACGCUCCAGCUCAAAGUCCAAAUUGGCCAAGAAAGAUGAUCGUGAACGGAGAAGGAGGAGUCCAGCUCCGAAACCCACCAAAGUUUACCUGGGCCGGCUAACAAGAAAUGUCAUCAAGGAACACAUUCAGGAGAUCUUCUCCACCUACGGCAAGAUCAAGAUGAUUGACAUGCCCAUGAACCACGUUCACCCUCAUCUGUCCAAGGGCUACGCCUACAUAGAGUUUGAGACCCCCGAAGAAGCAGAGAAGGCACUCAAACACAUGGAUGGAGGACAGAUAGAUGGUCAGGAGAUUACAGUCAUAGCCGUCCUGACGCCUACAAUGCGCGCCCCACCUCGGAGGUUGUCCCCUCCCUGCAGAAUGCCGCCUCCACCCCUGAUGUGGCGACGCUCUCCGCCUCGGAUGAGGAGAAGGUCUCCCAGGCGGCGCUCCCCAGUCCGACGCAGGUCCUGAUCGCCAGGCCGCCGUUGCCACCGGUCCCGCUCUAGUCCCAACUCUUCCUGUUAGAGAUCAAUAUAUGACCCCAGAACACUCAAGACACUAAAACAGACAUUUCGUUGUCUGAAUGCUAAGACGAGAAUUCAUACGGAAUUGGUACGUUAACUUUAUUUCCUUCCUAUGUUUUUUUGUCACUUCAUAGCACCAUUGGUCAUUUGGAAUUGACCAAGAAGAGUCCAGCUGUUCCCAGUCCAAUUAUUAGAUCCCAUUUUAUUUAUUUAUUUAUUUAUUUAUUUUUUUUUGGGGGGGGGGGGGGGGGGGGGGGAGACGACAACAGAAAAACAAUAAUGCCAUGCCAAGCAAUUCCGUAACAUCCAAUCAGAUCGAUCUUGGGUCACCCCGACUGUUGAUAAAUACUGACAGCUAUGAUCUAUCAACCAUUUAAAAACCAUACUUCUUUGGCACUUUGGCUCCCAUGUUUAGCAUCUCUUACCAUUUCCUUUUCAAUGUAAUUGUCAUGUCACGAAUCAACUUGCUCUCUACUGGGUAUUUGUGCUCAUUUAAUUCACUAUUGCCAUUUUGUGUCGCUAAUCUUAAUUUGUCCUACAUUAUUGUGCUUUUCUAUUUAUGUUUUAACUAUUGUACAUUGCAUGGAAAAGGAACAGUUUUUCAAGAGCUGUACAUUAUAGUAACAAUACGAUGUGCCCUAACAUCAACCUUGCAUGUCUUUUUUUUUUUUUUGUAUUCAUUACUUUUAAAUGGCAGUAUAUUUUACUGUGAGUGUACCUAUUGUUUAGAGAUGACAAUUGCAUACUGACCAGAAUAAGACUUCACGUGCUGCUAUUUCAAUCACGUUACUCUUUCGACCAGUUUGAAUUUAUUUUGAGAGAAUGUUUUCUGGAGUGGUAGACGUACAAUCGGUGUGACAUAUUGUCAAGUGUGUUCUUUCCAGUUUGGCACAAGUGCAAUGUUGGUUUUUUUGACUUGACAAUAAAAGCCAUGCCCAGUA